AUCAAAAUCAAUCACACAAUCACUAUCAUGUUUCAUCACACCAUCACCAAUUAGUUUAUUAUCUCAAGUAUGGCGGCAUCGUCCAAGACCAGCGACGAAAAGAAACCGAUUCAAUUGUAUUCGGUCGGUAUAGAUCUGGGAACGACUUAUUCGUGUGUCGGCGUCUUCAGAGAUGGAAAGGUGGAGAUAAUCUCGAAUGAGCAAGGAAAUCGAACGACCCCCAGUUAUGUGGCUUUCACCGAAGAAAAUCGACUGGUCGGAGACCAGGCCAAAGAACAGGCGGUCCUUAACGCCGAAAAUACAGUUUAUGACUCAAAACGGUUGAUUGGCAGAACCUACGACGACCCGGUGGUGCAAAGCGACAAGAAGUUGUGGCCGUUCGAAGUGUACAACGACCAGGGGAAGCCCAAGAUCCGUGUACAAUACAAGGGCGAGACAAUGUCCUACUUCGCCGAAGAGAUAGCCUCGAUGGUGGUGGGCAAAAUGAAGGAAGUGGCCGAAACCUAUCUGGAAUCGAACGUGUCGACGGCCGUGAUCACUGUGCCAGCUUACUUCAACGACGCUCAGAGGCAGGCCACCAAAGAUGCGGGGGUGAUGGCCGGCCUGGAUGUCCGCAGGAUCAUUAACGAACCGACCGCGGCCGCCAUCGCAUACGGACUCGAUAAUGAGAUAGUAGGAGAAAAGCACAUCCUGGUUUUCGACAUGGGGGGCGGAACGUUCGACGUGUCCGUCCUGCUGCUCUCCGAGGAAGGCAUCUUCGAGGUGGAGUCCACCGCCGGUGACACUCACCUAGGUGGGGCGGACAUCGACAACCGUAUGGUGCAGUACUUCGCCGAACAAUUCAGAAGGAAGCACAAACAAGACAUCCUGUCCAACAAGCGGGCCUUAAGGAGGCUACAAACUGCCUGCGAGAGGGCCAAAAGGACUUUAUCCGACAGCAAGGAUGUGGUGAUUGAAAUUGACGCCUUCAUGAACGGGCUGGACUUCCAGGAGAACCUCACCAGAGACAAGUUCGAGGAAAUCAACUCGGACAUCUUUUUGAGCACUCUAGACCCAGUCAAAAAGGCCUUAAGGGACGCCAAAAUCAACAACAACAAAGUGGAAGACGUGGUGCUAAUUGGGGGCUCAACAAGGAUUCCAAAAAUUCAAACCCUCCUCCAGAACAUGUUCCCGGGCAAGAAGCUGAACCUGUCCAUCAACCCGGACGAAGCUGUGGCUUACGGGGCGGCCAUUCAAGCGGCCAUUUUAGCCAGAGAUCCCAACAUUAAAACUCCUGAGAUUUUGCUGCUGGAUGUUACACCUUUGUCUCUGGGUAUUGAAACUGCUGGAGGAAUCAUGUCCACGUUGAUCAAAAGGAACUCCUCAAUCCCCAUAACACACACUCAAAUAUUUUCGACCUACGUGGACGACCAGUCGGCCGUAUUGAUCCAAGUUUAUGAAGGUGAAAGGACGAUGACAAGAGACAACAACUUGCUGGGUAUCUUCGAGCUGUCCGGCAUCUUACCAGCACCACGUGGAGUGCCCCAAAUCGAGGUGACGUUUGAGUUGGACGCGAACGGCAUAUUGUCCGUCAAAGCCUUGGAGAAGACCAGCGGAAGGGAGAACAAAAUAACGAUCAGCAAUCACAGGGGAAUUUUAAACCGUGAACAAAUCGAUCAAAUGAUCAACGACUCUGAAACGUACAAAGACGAGGACGGCGCCAAGAAAGCAACAGCUGCGGCCAAAAACGAUCUCAUCUCGCAGAUCAAUCACAUUAAAUCUCUCAUACAUUUCGAGAGGUUGGGGAAGGAACAGAAAAAGCAACUGAUGGAUGUGAUAGAGGAGAUCUACGAGUGGAUGGAGCUGCCCGAUCUGACGGAAAGGGAUUACGUGAUGAAGAAGCACGAGUUCGAUGGAUAUUGUAAACUAGUCCUUACUGAUGCGUUCGUUCUGAAUGUACGAGAUGAUAACUCAAUAAACGAAUCCGGGCCGAGUAUACGAGAUGUAGAUUGAUAGUUUGUGCCACUUGAGAUAAUAAACUAAGAAAUAAACACUUUUAUUUGUA